AUGGCUAAUGUGAUAUGCAAGAUUUGGUUAUUUUGGUCAGAAGAGUGGAGUAGCCAAUUGAUUGCAAAUGAAAUCCAGCAUGUGACUCUAAAGCUCUAUAAUUCAGUCCUUCAGAAAGAAGUGUUACUAAUUGCAGUUUAUGCUAAUUGUGAUGCCAUCAAAAGACAGGAUUUAUGGGAUUAUGUAGGACAGAUUGUUGUAAAUCACCAGUUACCUUGGAUUGUGGGAAGAGACUUUAAUGUUGUACUAUCUGAGGAAGAGAAACAGGGAGGCCUUCUAGUCCGCAAUAGGAACAACAGAUUUUGCUCAAUUUGUGAAUAUGUGUCGUUUAGUGGAGUUGAAAUUUACCGUGAAGUAGCUCAUUUGAUUAGAAAUGGUUCAGAUCAUGCUCCACUUCAUAUUGUUUGUGAUAGCAAUGAGGAAGUAAUCAUAAAACCUUUUAGGUUUUUAAAUUUCUUGACUAAGCAUCACAGUUUCAUGGAAAUAGUAAAAGAUAAUUGGGAAAUAGAGUUUGCUGCCAAUCCUUUUGUAGAACUGCAAGAAAAGAUGAAAAAGGUGAAGAAGGCCUUAGCUAGUUGGAGUAAAGAGACUUAUGGCAACAUCUUCCAACAAAUUGCUACAUUGGAAGAUGUGAUCAAAGUGAAAGAAUUGCAACUAGAGGUAAAUCCAACUGGGGUGAAUAGAGAACAAUUACACAAAGCACAGGUUGAUUUGAACAGAUAUCUGAGCAUUGAAAAAGAAUACUGGAAAUAA